AUGGUGGAUCAUAGACCGAGCCUUUCGAGUCCCCUCCAACCACCACCAUUCCACAAAUUCCACCCCGACAUCCAAGCAGCUACCGGCAAUGUCGGCAUAUUAAAAUCAACAAUCCUCCCCUCAUUCAGUCUUUACUCCAGUCUUUCGAUCGCAGCCUUCGCAGCAGCCAAAGAAACAAACCGCGUCGAGCUCAAAGAUUGGUUAUGGCCAUCAAGCCAAAUAUUGAACGCAUGGUGGAAUGCCGUCGGACGACAGAUGUACGGAAACAAAUCUUCCUUUAGUGCGGCCUGGGGUAAUCUUAGUUGGACCGAAAACCUUCUCCUCGGGUCCGUUACAAUAUGGUGUGCGAGACUCUUCGCCCGUCUCGUGAGUCGGUCGCUGGCUCGUGGGAAGGAUGAUCCUCGUUACGAGGCAUGCAAGAAAGAGACGGAGUUCUGGAGAACGGCUUUAUUCAAAUUGUUUCUCCCGGAGGCUGCUUUUUUGACUAUUAUUUCCUUACCUUUUACAAUGCCGUUCCAGAUGACUGGGUCUGCUAUUCCCCUCGGUGUUUCGUCAUUGAAUGCAAUCCGUGCAUUUGGUGUUGGGCUCUUUAGUGCAGGGUUCUCACUGGAGGUUAUGUCCGAUACUCAACUUGAGCUUCAUCAACAAGAGCGUACUGAUUUGUGUCGACAUGGAGUGCGGGGCAUUGUUAGACAUCCAAACUACCUGGGCGAUACCCUGGUUCAUCUAUCAUUCGCAGUUCUGAAUCUCGCCAAUUCUUUCAAUCCGAUCAUUCUUCUCGGACCACUUGCGAAUUAUCUCUUCCUUCGCUGUAUCGGUGGCGACAAGCAAAUUGAGGCUAGCCAAGAAGAGCGAUAUCAAGCUAUUGACGUGCAAAAGCUUGAACAACUCCGGGAAUGGCAGGGUGAAAAGAACAGCUUCUGGCCAUCGUUGCGAGAUCUAUUCAGCCCAUGGGCUUUGGUCGUCUACAGUUGCGGCUUGCUGGGUGCGUUCGCAGAGGAGGUGGUGAGGUCCAGAUACAGAUUGUUCUGA